AGGUUUAUACUACAAAACACACAAAUUACAUGUUCUUUCCACUAACUCUGGCCUCGCUUUCUUGUCCUAUAAAUAGCUCAACCUUUACAAUGCAAUCUACUUCACUACUACUAGCUACCUCAUCCUUUGUAUCUCUUGACCAACCCAAUAGUUUCCACUAACCUGCUGCCUGCACGCAUAAAUGGCCAGUUCAACUGCUCCAAAGGUAAGGGCAAUGUUGGUGAUGAUGAUGGUGAUUUUGUUCGCGGUCUUCAUAGACUCGGAGGCACGCAUUCUUUGGGAGGUUUCCGCCAUGCAGAAGAACGAUAAUGGCAGCAGCCAACUUCUUUUGCGUAAGUUGGGAUAUGAUCCGUCCAAACUUGAGAAUUAUCGGAGGUCACUUGAUGCAAAGAAUGAUAGAGUUGCACCCGGAGGACCAGAUGGUCAGCAUCACUUCUCUCAACCUCCAGUUUACUAGCUAUGUGUGUGUGUGUGUGAAUCUUGUGGGAGUGUUUGUGUGUUGAGCUAUACAACUCCACAUGCGCUUUUAUUAUAUAAAAUAAUGGAAUCUUAUCCAGAAAAAAAAGCAGGAAUAACAUAAAAUUUCUGACCCCAACGUCACAUAUACAUGUAUGUAUGUGAUGCAUGUGGUUUAAUUUCCAUGUUGUAGGUGAUAUAUGUGUGGUACUAUUUUCAGUCUGUCCUAGUGAGACCAUGUGUCUAAGUAAUUCCCAGUUGCUUCAAGAAUUUUGUCUCCGAAAUGUAAUGUUUGUUUUUGAGCAAUAAUAUAAUAUUAUCUUCUUCUCUCUA